CAUUUUUGAACGCUCUGGUCACUCUGAAUUAACAGCACGUGUAGGGCAUUUAACAAAAAUUAGCAAAACAUUUGCUAAUAGUUAGUUUUAGUGCCGAAAUUAAUUAAGUAAACAUGGUCAGUUCAGAUCCGAAAGGACCUAGCAAGGUGGCAAAAACGGUGGACAAACCGCCGCCGGCCUUCAAGGCCAACAAAUCGCCUGGUCAGAAAUUCAAACCUGGCGGAGCAGGAGGCGCCAGGAAAUUCGACAAAUCAGCCGGAGGACCAGGCAAACUCGGCGCCGGUGGUACCAGGAGGUUUGACAAUAAGUCUGGAACUGGCAACUUUAAGAAGUUUGACAAAUCCGGAGGAGCAGCCGGUGGCUUCAAGAAGUUCGACAAAGGCGGUGGAGCAGGAGCAGCCGGCGGCAACAAGUUCCGGGGUAAACCACAGGCACAACAGACACAGGCGCCGGCGGAGGGCGAGAAACAGGACUGGAACAAGUUCAAGCAGGAGAAGAAGGACCUUAAGCUGAAGCGCAAGAGCUCCAAGGACACCUACGAAAUCACCAAGGAGGCCAAGCAAAUCUACGAGAAGCUGCGAUGCCGCCGAACUGGGAACAAGGACAAGCUGGUGGAGCAGAUAUACAAGGUGCUCAACGUGGGCGACACCAUCUCGAAGGUGGUGAAGGCCCACGACACCGCUCGGGUACUCCAGUGCAUGCUGAAGUACGCCUCACCGGCGCUGCGGGCCGAGAUCUCCGAGCAGCUGCUGCCCUUCAUCGUGGAGAUGUGCCAGUCGAAGUACGCCCAGUUUUGCGUCCAGCGAAUGCUGAAAUACGGGUCACCGGCCACCAAAUCGAAGCUGGUGGACAGCCUGUACGGACAUAUUGUCCGCUUGGCCGGACACAGCAUUGCCAGCGGAUUGCUGGACACGAUGUACCAGAGUGCCACGCCCCAGCAGCGCAUCCACAUGCGCCAGGAGUUCUAUGGCGAUCUGUACCGCAAGGUCAAGGACGCGAAUGUCAAGUCGCUGAGCGACACCUACAAGGAGGCCACGAACAUGAAGGCAUCCAUUUUGGGCUCGGUGAAAGCGAAUCUGGACCAUGUGGCCAACAAACAGCUGGUCGACAGCUCACUGGUGCAUGCCGUGAUGCUGGAAUACCUGCGCGCCUGCGACGAGGAUGAGGAGAAGCUGGAGGAGACGGUCACUGCAUUUGCAGCCCUAGUGCCUCACAUGCUGUCCACCAAGGAGGGCAGCGAGGCUGGUGUCAUUUGCUUCUACAAGUCCACGCCCAAGAACCGCAGAGCCAUCAUUAAGAACAUCAAGGAGCAUCUGCUCAAGAUCGCCACCCACGAGCAUGGCCACGUGUUCCUCAUCUCGCUGCUGAACGCCUUGGACGACACGAAGGCCACCAAGAAGGCCAUCUACGACCACCUGCACGGGGAUCUGAAGACACUGGUGGGCAACCAGUACGGCCGCCGGGUGGUCCAAUGGCUGGUGGCGCCCGGCGACACCACCUGCUUCCAUCCGGAGUUCAUUCGCGUGGUGGACGAGGGCCUGGCGUUUGGCAAAAAGGAGAAGGAACUGCGCCGCAAGGAGAUCUUCGAGCAGAUCGAGGCGCCAAUCGCACAGGCUAUCGCCGAGGAGGCAGCCUUCUGGCUGUCCAACAGCCACAUCGGCCUGGUUACCGCCGACAUUCUAAAUCACAUUCAAGGCGAAUCCUAUGAGAAGGCGGUUACAGCCCUAGCCGCAGUGAUCGCCCAGCCGGAGUGGCGCAUUUCAGCCGAUGCCGCCGGUCCGCUGCCACAGGAUAAGAAGAAGCCCCACAAUGAUGUGGAGGCCAUCAUAGCCGAAGCCACCAAACAGCGCAAGAAACUGCUAAACGCCGACAGCAGCAGCGGUGAAGAGGAUGACGAUGAAGAUGCAGAUGCAGAUGAGGAAGCGGAUGCGGAAGAAGAUGGCGAGAAGGAGGCCGAAGACAAGGAUGAUGGAGAGCCCAAGCUGAAGAAAGCCAAAAAGGAGCCCAAAAAGGCAAAGGCGAAGGAGGAGCCGGCGGCAGCUCCACUGGUCAGCGGAAUCGAGGAGGCCGGCAUGCACAUUGUAUUGAAAAAGAUCCUCAAGAACGAUGGCAAACGUGAGGGCACUCCUUUCAGCAAACAACUCCUGCAAAACUUGUCCACCGACGUGCUCAAAGUCUGGCUGGGCGUCAACCGGGCCUGUUUCGUCCUGUUGAAGCUGGUGGAGGAGAGUACCUCGCUGCUGGACGACUGCAAGAAGGCCAUCGCGGAGGAGAAGACCCUCAACCAGGCGCUCGGGGGCCAGAAGACGCCCGGGGCCAAGCUGCUGGCCGCCAAAUUGGGCGUUGGCAAAUGAAAACCCUUUUUAGCUUAUAGACAAAAAACCUAACAUUUUAAAAUACAUAAUUCUAUAUUGAAA